AUGGGUAAAAAAGUAAAGAAGGAAGUUGAGCCUCCACCCAAGGAUGUGUUUGAUCCGUUAUGUAUUGAAAGCAAAACAGCAGCAACAGUUGUGCUAAUGCUUAGUUCUCCUGAAGAGGAAGUUUUGGCCAAAGCAUGUGAUGCUCUGUAUAAAUUUGCAUCAAAAGGUGAUGAAAACAAAGUGACACUUCUUGGUCUUGGAGCAGUGGAACGUCUUUAUAAACUCAUCUCACAUGAUGAUCCAAUUGUACGCAGAAAUGCCGUCAUGGUACUUGGCAUCCUGGCUUCUAAUGAUGAUGUCAAGAAAUUACUGAGGGACCUGGAUGUCACAAAUUCACUUAUAUCACAGCUGGCGCCAGAAGAAGAUAUAGUUAUCCAUGAAUUUGCUACACUCUGUCUAGCAUACAUGGCUGUUGAAUAUACUACUAAAAUACAAAUAUUUGAGCAAGGUGGAUUAGAACCACUUAUCAGACUGCUAGGUAGCCCUGAUCCUGAUGUUCAGAAGAAUUCAGUUGAAUGUAUCUACCUCCUCGUGCAGGAUUUUCAAAGCCGUGCUGCAGUUUGUGCACUGAAUGUAAUUCCACCCUUGCUGGAACUACUGAAAUCUGAAUACCCAGUUAUUCAGUUGUUAGCCCUUAAAACCUUGGAAAUAAUUAGCAAAGAUAGAGAAACCAGGAUAAUACUGGGAGAAAAUGAAGGAUUAGAUUGUCUUCUGAAGAUACUGGAAACCAAUGAAUUCAGUGAUCUACAUGUGGAAGCUCUUGCUGUGUUGGGAAAUUGUCUCGAAGAUGUGCAUACUCUGCACCUGAUUCAGCAGACAGGGGGCCUUAAAAAGCUCCUUUCGCUUGUAGAAAUCUCUACUGUUCCCGAUAUUCAGAAGAAUGCAGCAAAGGCAAUUACUAAAGCGGCUUAUGACU